AGCACAAGCGUCUGUGACUGCACGCCAAGCUUUAAGUUUAGAUAAGACGCACACAUGCCGUGAGCCGGACUUGAGCCUGCAAAAAGCCGGGACGGAAAAACAACAAGACGCGGCAGCGCGGCGGAGGCGGCGGCAGCUACAGCAACAGCCCACGCAGCCGAAGCAGCCGAGGCAGGCAGGCAGGCAGGCAGGCAGGCAGGGAGCCAUCCGAUGAGAGCAAAGGCUCAGAGCGACUGAGCUGCCGUGGAUCGUCCGAAGGGGCAGCGUUCCUCCAGUUUCCGGUUUUGUCUGUCUGCGCGUGUGUAACGCGCCGUGUUGUGCGACUUGGGAGCCCCAAACAAAAGGCUGCCAUCACCCUCCCCGAGAUCCUCCACAGCCGCGACCGACUGAGCGAGCGAGAGAAAGAGAAAGAGAAGGAGUGCGCGCGAGAGAGCGAGGUGCAGCGCCGGAUGCAAAAACAAACAUGAGCUCCUAUUUUGUCAACCCUCUUUUCUCCAAGUACAAAGCCGGCGAGUCUCUGGACCCGACCUAUUACGACUGCCGGUUCCCACAGAGCGUCGCCCGCAGCCACACGCUGGUCUACGGACCCGGGGCGGCCGCGCCGGGCUUCCAGCACCCGCCCCACCAUGUGCAGGACUUUUUCCACCACGGCACCGCGGGCAUUUCCAACCCGGGCUACCAGCAGAACCCGUGCGCACUGGCGUGCCACAGCGACGCGGGCAAAUUCUACGGAUACGAAGCCCUGCCGAGGCAAACGCUGUACGGCAGCCAGCAGGAGGCGAGCCUGGCGCAGUACCCGGACUGUAAAUCGUCGGCAGGCUCCAACCCCGGGGAAGGACAAGGCCACUUGAAUCAAAGCUCCUCGCCCAGCCUCAUGUUCCCCUGGAUGCGACCCCACGCGCCAGGACGACGCAACGGCAGGCAAACGUACAGCCGCUACCAGACUCUGGAACUGGAGAAGGAGUUUCUCUUCAACCCUUACCUGACCCGAAAGAGAAGAAUUGAGGUGUCGCACGCCCUGAGCCUGACUGAGCGACAAGUGAAAAUCUGGUUCCAGAACCGCCGCAUGAAGUGGAAAAAGGAGAACAACAAGGACAAGUUUCCGGGUCAGAGGGGGGAGGCUGAGGCUGAGGCCGAGGAGGAGGGCAACGAGGACGGUGAAGGCGAAGAGGGCGAAGACAAGGAAGCGGAAGAGCGAGAGGAGAGCAAGGAGUGAUUUUAUGGUCCUUUUUAUGGUUAUAGGGCUGAAAAAGAGAAGGGAGAAGAAAAAAAAGGAGAGCGAGGUCUCAUAAACGGAGCAGGAGUCGCGAGCGCGUCAUUUUUAUGGCCACCCUUUCCUUUUGUCAAGUGGCAACAGGGAUUCCAACAAUAUUCCCGUCAGGCACAUUUAACCCUCGUUAUCCAACGAGAUGGCCCAUUUUCGGAGAAAAAAUAAACACAAAAAAAAGCGCUUACACCUUGUUUUGGAUUGCAUUUGCCGCCCUUGCAAAACGGAACAAAAAGGGAAAUAAAACGCAUGUUAAUGAUUUUUUUUUUUUUUUAAUGGCCGCGCUAUACUUUUGGGCGGACCAUUGCAUUAAAAUCAGUUCAAACGACGCGAUGCAAAGUGUAAAUAAAGCGCCCAAAUCAUUUCAAAGUCAAGCGAGGGCUUUUAGUGGCGCUCUCAUGCAGCAAUCAUCGCAGCAAUUUGUACAAACAGCCACUUUUAGGAUUGUCAUUAGGAUCAUUCUCGUCAAUUGAUGCAGUUUCAGUCCGGAUGGCCUGAAAACAUCCACGAUCUCCCCACACGCGCUUUUUUAUUUUUUAACCAGGAAAUUGCAAUCGUUUGAAAUCAUUUGAUGCUACCUAAACCUGGGGAGAAUUGCAAUAGAGAUUUCUCGAUAUAGAGAUUUCAUACGUUUAUUAUUCUUAUUAUUAUUAUUAUUUGAAAGUGUUAUACACCCCCCACCCCACCCCCAUCCUCACACCCUCGCGCAACGCACCGAUCUUGUUUUCUUAAGUUAUGUACAUGUAGCAUUUAGUCAAUACUUGUUGAAGACAAUUGUUGGAAGCCAAGCAAUGAGGAGAUUGUUAGCACGCAUGCAGGCACUACCUAAACUUGCGAGCCGCUCGCUCGCACGCUGCCUAAUUUGCAAAAGUCACACUUGCAGCCACUCGAGUCGAGACGAGACGAGACGCGUGGCACGGCUCGCCACGAACCACAAACGAGUUCCCCAACAACUCAAACUGCCUACAAGAAAACGCACAGUGACUGCGCGUAGAGAGCUGCAACACUCUUUCCUUUGAAUUUCAAUGUGGUGGUGAAAUAGAUAGACGAGGUUAUUUUGCUUGUUUCCUUGCUUUUUGGUUUUCUUUUGUUUGUUUGUUUGUUUGUUUGUUUGUUUGUUUGUUUUGCACUGAAUAUAACCUUUGUGUAUGUCUUGUUAUAUAUUGAUGUUAACAAUUACGCUCGUUUCAUGGUGUUUCUCCUGUGAAAGACAACUUUGUGUCCCACCAUUGUUGAUGUCAAAUCACAAAUAAAGAGGAUGCCUCACAAUCA